CACUGUGAAGAGUGAAGAUGAUGAAGAGGAAGCUCAGUGCUCACAGCUUCAUCAGAGCCAAACUGAGGAGAACAGAGAGGCAGAGCCUCCAGCCAGCAGCUCCACUGAACAGAUGAAAACAGAAGCUGAUGGAGAGGAAGCAGCCAGGAACUCAGAUCCAGCUGCUGAUUUCCAAGCAACUAGUGAGGGCCAGCUCCUCUCUUCACACUCUUCUGAAGCUGAGACUGAUGACAGUGAUGACUGGGAGGAGAGCAGAGAGCCUCAGUCAGGUUCAAACCCACAGAGUGAACUCCUUUUCAGUGAUGAUGGAUCUGAUGAUGGAGAGAAACCAUCUUCCUGCUCUGUGAGCAAGAACACAGGAGAGAAACUGUGGAGUUGCUCUCUUUGUGAUAAAAUAUUUACACGAAAAGAAACUUUAAACAGACACAUGAACUUGCAUGCAGAAGAGAAACCAUUUAGCUGCUCAGUGUGUGGUAAAGGUGUUAGACAGAAACAAACUUUGACCUUACACAUGAGAAUCCACACCGGAGAGAAACAAUUUAACUGCUCAGCCUGUGGUAAAGGUUUUACACAGAAAAAGUCCUUUGUCACACACAUGAGAGUCCACACAGGAGAGAAACCAUUUAACUGCACACUUUGUGGUAAAGAUUUUACACAGAAAGGUAACUUCAACACUCACAUGCGAAUUCACACGGGAGAGAAACCGUUUAACUGCUCCCUCUGUGGUAAAAAUUUUACACGGAGAGGCAACUUCACCACUCACAUGAGAACUCACACAGGAGAGAAACCAUUCAGCUGCUCAGUCUGUGGUAAAGGUUUCAGUGCUACAAGUAAUUUGAAAGCUCACAAGAGAAUCCACACAGGAGAGAAAGCAUUCAACUGCUCUGUCUGCGGUAAAGGUUUUAUAGAAAAAAAUAACUGCAAAAAACACAUGAGAAUCCACACCGGAGAGAAACCAUUCAUCUGCUCUGUCUGUGGUAAAGGUUUUACAAAUAAAAAUAAACACAAAAGACACAUGAGAAUCCACACAGGAGAGAAACUAUUCAGCUGACUAAAUUCUGUGGUAAAGGUUAUACCACAGAUCAAAAUGUCAGAAAACACGAGCGAGUGUGUGUGAGAGCAGCAGGUGAAGCUGCAGAGCUGCAGGUUGAACAUCUGAACACUGCUCACACAGACUAAUGUAGUCAGCACUGCUGCACAAAACAGUUUUAUGUUCCACGAUCUGAGGGACAAUGAGCAACAACGCCAUAUUAACUAAAAGCAAUAGUGUUAAUGAUUACAGCAACAAUAAGAAAUCUGUUUACUUCUCAUGCAGCUCAUCAGCUGACACUACUGUGACAUUUUCUCCCCCUCAGCAGAGAAUGAUGUGCCCAGGAGAUAUAUGCUCAAUUUGUACGUCUGUAUUUAUUGUUGUAAUAUCUUUGUAGGAUUAAUGUGCUUAUUCAUACAUUCUGUUUCUUAUAAUUUCACUUCCGCUUAAAAUGUAUUCUUUCAAGAAUUUGAGCAGCUGCAACUGACCCAGUUUCCCCGGGGAUCAGUAAAGUGUGUCUGAUUCUGGUUCACUGAGUCUCUAACACUGACUAGUGAGAGCUGUGUGCUAAAUGCCUCUUGUUGAAUGGACCUUGUGCUGCUGGAUUUGUUUAACUCUGCUUUGAGAUGCUUUGGUGAUAUUUUUACCAUGACCUUCAGAGAGACAGAGGGAUGGAGCUCGUCGUGGCUCCACACGGCUCCUGUCGGCUAAUUUGACCACAGAAGGACAUUGAGGAGGAGGAGUUGCCAUCAGUCUGUGAAAAUGUCUCAACAUCCAGGAGCUGCGAUGGUCAGUCGACCAGCGACUGACAUGCAGAGAUGUCUGGGCUGUUAGACAGAACCAGAGCAACGCCUGAGGAGGAAACAUCUCUUCCUGCGAUUAGAAGCACAUCAGCCUGUGUCAAACUGCUGGGCCGAAAUUGCAGGUUCAUGUUUACAUUCCAUUAGGCCACAUUCUGGAUACCAUAAAUGUGUUAAUACGUCCUUUCAGCAACGAUGUUUUACAGUGUGUGGCAAUUUUCAAUUUUCUUAAAAAAAUAUUUUAAAAAAAUAUGGUUCUUUUAUAUUUAUAUCUACAUAUAG